AUGCUGCUGCGGCUACUGGUGCUGCUGGGCGCCUGCCCGGGGCUGUCGCGGUGCCUGGGCUCCUUCGUGCAGUGCGAGCCCUGCGACGGCAAAGCGCUGUCGCUCUGCCCGCCGCCGCCGCUGGGCUGCGAGCUGGUGAAGGAGCCGGGCUGUGGCUGCUGCCUGACCUGCGCCCUGCCCGCCGGGCAGCCCUGCGGCGUCUAUACCGAGCGCUGCGCCCGCGGGCUGCGCUGCCUCCCGCGCCAGGGCGAGGAAAAGCCGCUGCACGCCCUGCUCCACGGCACCGCCGUCUGCCUCAGCGAGAAGAGCUACCGCGAGCAAGCCAAGGCCGAACGGGAGUCCCGAGAGCAUGAAGAGCCAACCACGUCGGAGAUGACAGAGGAGACCUACCCACCUAAGGCUUACCGACCCAAGCACGGGCGCCUCUCCGAGCUGAAGGCGGAGGCCCUGAAGAAGGACCGCCGGAAGAAGCUGACCCUGGCCAAAUUUGUGGGCAUAGCGGAGAACACGGCGCACCCCCGCGUCGUCAUCCCCGAGCUCCGGCAAGAGUUUGAGCUGGGCCCCUGCCGCAGGCACAUGGAGGCAUCCCUGCAGGAGCUCAAGAGCAGCCAGCGGAUGGUCCCCCGUGCCGUCCACCUCCCCAACUGCGACCGAAAGGGCUUCUACAAGAGGAAGCAGUGCAAGCCCUCCCGAGGCCGGAAGCGUGGGUUAUGUUGGUGUGUGGACAAAUACGGCAUGAAGCUGCCAGGGACUGACUACCUGAGUGGAGACCUGCAGUGCCACGCAUUUGACAGCAGCAAUGUGGAGUGA